CAUUUGCUACUCCACGCUUGUUGUUGCUGUUCCGGCGUUCGUCAAGCGGCCGCUCCUCGCUGUCGUUCGACCCUCGCUCGAUCUCUAUGCCGGUGCUCGCUCGCUGCUCUGUCGCUUCCUCUGUCUUUGCUCCAGUGCUCGCUCUUUGCUCCGUCACUUGCUCCGUCUCUGCUCCGGCAUAGCUUUCAUUUGCGCAUUAAUUUGCCGUGGCGGCUGAGAUCGAGGAUCCCAUUUCUGCAACCAACUGCAGAGCAGCGCCAAUGCCGUUCCAUCCUUCUCGAUUUAGCUUCUUCGACCUUCAUUCAGUGCGUGAACCGACGCGUGUUGACUACGAGUACUGAUCUCAAUUUGCUUGACUCCAUGUCGUCUGGGACCGUGUCGUUCGAGGAGCUGUUAGGUUAGUGCAACGAGGUUAUCAAGAAGAACCACAGCGACCUUGCUCAGCCCGGGGAAUGCCUUAAGAGCUUCGGCUACAUCCUCGGUCAAGAAUGCUGGGGCAAUGGUAAAAGAACAAAAUUGAAGCGUACGUCAAUAUGCUGGAUCGAUGGGAGUUGAAAGGAAUGAAAACGUGCAAGCCAGUUAUGUGCAGACCUUGAUGUCCUGGUUUUGUUUCGUAGAUGUUGACUGUCGCAACCUAACCUCAACAUUGACAAUGUUGAAGAAGAUACAGUCGAUGACUUAUCGAGCCCGCUCGAACUUUAUCCUAAUUUUCCACUAUCAAAUGAUGGAUAUGACCAGCCAUCUUCAUGUUCGGGGCGACUUACUGCAGUGGCUUCUAUAAUGAAGAGUUUUGAAGUCCAUUCUCUGUCGACCCCUGUUAGGUCACUGCAGCCAAGUUUUCAAGAAGCGAGAGUCCUGGUUGGUGAUCUAGUGCUUUUUGUGGAAGGGAUCAUACAGGCUACGCCUUCCUUGUUCUUCCCUGUUAUUGUUAUAUUUUAGCUGAUUGCAAUGACUUAUACCUUCCUUGUUCUUCAUCAGGCAAAAGCUUGCAAUCCGGUAGCAUUCAAUCAUCAGAACUCCCCUCCUUUGCGAAAUCUCAGGCAAUACAAUCUUUCUGAUCGUGUCCUAGUCAUUGAUACAAUCAGUUAGUUGAGGAAAAUGUGACAAUUCGAUGUUUGUGCUUGGAAAAUCUCGAUUUCUUUCCUUAGCUCAAGAUACAAUGGAAUAACAUUCUGGCCAUGAAUGUUGAACAUAUGCAGAUGGACUAUACCAUGGGAGACAACCCCAGAGCCACGAGCUACGUGGUUAGGUAUGGGAACAACUACCCAAGGCAGGUCCAUCACUGGGCGGCUUCGAUUGCGUCCAUCAAGGAGGAUUCGUCCUUGGUGAGCUGCUGAGGCAGUUAUGCCACCUGGUUUAGCUGGAAAGCGAGCGAACCCAAUCCCCUCAGGUGCUAUCGUCAGUGGCCCCGAUGCAUAUGAUAACUUUGCUGAUCAAACAGACAAUUACAAGCAAAUGGAGCCUGCUACUUACAACAACGCUCCACUCCUUGGCAUAUUAGCCCAGUUGAGUGGUGGUCACGGCGGUUAUGGUCGGCUCCUUCUAGUGGUUGUUCCUGCACCGAAAGCAGCCAUGGCAGAGCCAAGUCCCGCUCUUGUAACAGCUUCCAAUGAGCUGUCCACCGAGCAGAAGCCAACGGUGUCAUGGACUGCCAACGGGAGAACUUACCGCAGAUACUUGACGGUGGUGACCGACAAGUUGGACAAGACGCUGAAAUAUGUCAACCUGUUGAUCUCCAAGCUCUACGGUCCUCUGUGGGCAGUAACCAAGUCCGGCGACUUGUAUGUGUUCCCUUCUUGGAUCCAAUCCUUUUACCUUCAGGGAAGACCCUCGAGUUUGUGUACAUCCACGCUUCGCCUCAAGCGGACAUCUCCAUCUCAAGCUACACUAUGGCAUAGGAAGAUACUCCAGCUUCAUAAGUAAUUGCACAGUUUUUCUGGGGUUUCAGGGAUGUAAAGGAUUGUGCAGCAAUACUUGUUGGAUACGACCUCAGAAAGUUCUCGCUUUCUUUCUUUUUGAAAAUUUUUGUCUUCGCUUCAUGAUGUUGGAACCUGCUUCCAAGCUGAAUAAGGGUGAGGAUUGGAGGACGAAAGGAGUGAAGAGACAUUAUAAAACAGGUGCUCAUCCUCUUUCCCCUCGACUUUGCCGAUUAAAAGAGAGUCUGAGAUGUUCCACACCAAAGAAUGAUUUGCUGAGAAGUGAGAAAAGAAAGGGCUUCCUUAUA